AUUGAAUCAAAACAUAGUGAUGAGUGAUGACGCACUUUCUAUAGACCGUAAAGAUGAAGAAGCUGCUUCGUACCUUCAAAACGCGAAGCAGCUGAACCGUCGUUCAUUGAUCUUCUUUCCUUCCUUUGACUUCUUACUUGGUUCAGCAAAUCCUAAGUCCUCACACUUCUCAACCGCCACAAUCUUCAUAUCUUUCCUUUCCCAGUUGAAGUUGCAAUUCACUGCUUUGCUGUGUAUCAUUGUUUUCCUAUAACUGGCCAUACAUAUCCAUCUCAGAUUCUCUUCACUCAUUCCCUUCACCCCCGCUUCUGUUUGUGAUCCUUUUCUCUUGGAGAACAAAUUCAAGUGAGGAACACCACUCAGUACUAAACUUGGAUAUGAUGGGAAGUCAAACUAGCAAGAACACUAGUGGUAGUGAUGUUCCAACGCCCAUCAAAAUGGGUACCCAUUCUCUGUAUGCGGCUGAUUUAAGGUCUUACGAAGCUGCAUGUGUUGAAGAUCCUAACUUGCAAUCCUUAGAUGCUACCAUUCAGGAGCGCACCAACAGGGUGAUUACUUCCCUUGCUCAUGGGAUUGAGGUUCGUUCCAUAUCGAUUGAGUCCCUACGAGAAGUGACUGGUAGUUUGCUUGAAAUGAAUCAGGAUGUUGCCAAAGUCAUUCUAGAGUGCAAGCAAGAUAUAUGGAACAAGAAGGACAGGGAGUUAUUCUCCUUGGUGGAGGAUUUCUUUGAAAACAGUCUUCAGACAUUGGAAUUCUGUAAUGCUCUUGAUAAAUGCUUGAAUCGAGCACGUGAAAGACAUGUUAUUGUUAAGUCUGCAAUUACCUCUUUUGAGGAAGAGGUGCAAAAUAGGGUUGAAGGGUCCACUUAUGUGAAGACAUUGCAAGAGCUCAAGAAUUUCAAAGAAGCUGGAGACCCCUUCACGGAUGAGUUUUAUUCGAUGUUUCAAUCUGUUUAUGCUAAACAAGCGUCAAUGCUGAAGAAAUUACAAAUUAGAAAGCAGAAGCUUGAUAGGAAAUUGAAGUCCCUCAAGACACUGAAGCGGGUGUCCAAUGCCAUUUUUGUUGCUGCUUUCGUGUCUGUUUUGAUUUUCUCGGUGGUGGCAGCUGCAGUUGCUGCACCACCUGUGGUAACUGCUUUGGCUGGUGCAUUGGCUGUUCCAAUUGGCUCAGUGGGAAAAUGGUGUAACUCGCUUUUUAAGCGAUACGAGACAGCUCUAAAGGGCCAAAGGGAAUUGAUCAGUUCAAUGCAGGUUGGUAGUUACAUUACAUUGGUGGACUUGAAAAACAUUCAGGUGCGAAUUGAUCAAUUGGAAAUAAAGAUUGAAUCCAUGUUGCAGAGUGCUGAUUUUGCUCUUAAAAAUGAGGAUGCUGUAAGGUUUGCAAUUGAUGAGAUUAAGAAGAAUAUAGACACUUUUGCUGAGACCAUUGAGAAUUUGAGUAAGCAAGCUGAUGAAUGUAGUCGGCAGAUAAGGAGAGCAAGGACAGUGGUUGUGAAAAGAAUUAUUAAUUACUCUAGUUAGACACCAUUUUGGCAUGUUUUAUAGAUUACUCUCUCUACUUGUCAUCUUCUUUUGCUCCUGCUAUAAUGUACUCAUUAAACACCCAGCUUAUAAUGGCUAUGAGGUGCUUUAUGAUUAUGGAGAAAAAUAAAAAUAUUAAC